AACACUGCUGCUGCCGGCUGCUUCUGAUGUCCAGAAAUGAACCUGAAAUCAGAGCUGAUCUGAGUAGAGCACCUUCUUCCACAGGUUUGCUGUGUCCCUCCAAGCAAAACAGGACUUUUUAUGGACUUUAGGAGUUCAUGACUAGCUGUGGAUCUCUGCAGCUCCUCCAGAGUUACCAUGGGUCUCUUGUCUGCUUCUCUGAUUAAUGCUCUCCUUGCUGUCCUGUCUAGGUGGAUGUCCAUGUCUUGGUAGGUCUGCAGUUGUUCCAUCCUCUACAUGUCCAGAUAGAUAGAAUGAAGUUCUGGGAGAUGUUCAGAGCUUGGGAUGUUGUAGAACCUAACUCUGCUUUAAACUGAACCAGAACUUUCUCCCUGACCUGUCUGCUGUGUUCUUUGGUCUUCAUGAUGCUGGAACCUCUGAGGCCAGAAACAGAACAUCUGGAGUUCGAUUAAAUUAAACAGCUGGACUUAUUAGGUGACUUCUGAAGGCCGCUGGUUCCACUGGGAUUUAUUUAGGGGCAUCAGAGUAAAUGAGCUGAAUACAAAUGCAUGCCACACUUUGUAGAGAUUAAUUGUAAAAUAACAUUUUGUUGUGGAAAAUGUGGAAGGGUAUGAAAACUUUUGCAAGGAUCAUUUAUUACGUUUAUUGUUGUUGGAUGUUUUUUUAACUGCAUUUCAAUUUUGACAGAAGUUUGACUUAUUUUACUUCAUGUCUGCACUUUUAGAUAAUUAGUGGAAUUUACUCCAUUUCCUCGGUGUCGGGCCCAAGGCCGUCAGGUCAGGUCAACAUUAAAACGGGCUAAGACGUGUGCCGAACCACUUCCUGAAUCUACACCUGUAGAAGUGCAGGAUUAAAGGAAGGUCGACUCCAGCGAUCCUUUCUGCAGACCUGAUGGUUUAGAUGCUGAACCUGAUGGACGAACACUGGACAGACUGAAUAAAUGCCAUGUGGGUGAUGUCAGCAGCUCUUGAGGCAGGAAGUAGUUCCGGUUGGCGCAGGAUGGAGAACUUUUGCAGGGCUUUCUCUGACAGUGCCUGUCUAUGAGGAGCAUCUUUCAAAACCACAUGCAAGUCCACAGAAGUGCAUGUUCAGUGUGAGCCCAGAGUCACCUGACUUCUGUGAACUGAAGUGGCCACUUCUUUAAAAAGGGCAUCGAAAUUGAAAGGUGAUGUGAAACUACUGGCUGUUUUCCACCCAAUGUCCAGAGUCUCUCAGACACUUUUACAGUCCAACAGAAUCCCCCCUGUUGAGUGUCCUCUGCUCUGUACUUACCUUGGUUUGUUCAUUUUGAGCAUCUGUGAUGUCUGACUGUGAUUCAUCCUGCCGGCCUCAGCAGGAGUACGUCAGGACCAAUCAGCUCUGUGAUGGAUGGACGUGUUUAAAGGAUGAAGGACGGAGGCUGAAGAGGAGAGAGAAGAACAGAGUCGCAGCUCAGCAGAGUCGGAAGAGACAAACACAGAGAGCAGACCAACUGCACGAGGCCUGUGAGCUGCUGGAGCAGAGAAACAGGAAGCUGAAGAGAGAGGUGGAUUCUCUCUCUGAGGAGCAGAACCUCCUCACUGAAGCUCUCAGAGCCCACGAACCUUUCUGUCCCAUCAUGCACUGCUCGUUUGCCUCAUCCAGCCUGCAGCCUGACGGCGCUGCGGCUCGCUCAGUCUGAAGAUGCCAACAACGUUUCUGAUCACAUCACAUCUGGAAUCCCGGCAGAUAAUAAACCAAUUAACCGCUAGAGGGCGCUGUUCUCCGUGAUCAGCAGCUACAGGCCCGUGAGGCUCUGCUGAUCUCUGGUGGCUUCAGAGGAUCAUCAUACAUCUGGUAUUUUUUGUGCAUCUCGAAGUUAGAAUAUAGUACAUAAAUAAACUCUCUGUACAUUUUCCUUCUGUUAAAUGUAAAAAAAAAUAAUAGAUCAAAUUAUUUCCAAUUAAUUGUAUUUGUCUAAAUUACAUACAGUUUGAAAUAAAUACAUGUACAAUAAUUAAAAUGAGAUCUCAAUAUGUUUAAAUAAUUGAUAUUGUCUAUUACUAAUAUUCCAGUAGAUAUUGAGUAAUUUCAUUAAAAAUAAAUAAAUAAAUGCGUGCUUUGUUAUUGUCAGCUUAGAAUUAAUUUCUGUGAAAGAGCAAACAUGGUUCAGUUUAUUGCUGUAAUAAAAAUGUAUAUAUUUGCAAAUUAAUAAUCCAAGAUUACCAAUAAAAACAUAUAGGUGUUUAAAUAAAUAUAGAAUUUUA